GGGAGUCUGUGGGGCAGAUAAGGGCAGAGCGUGUGGGGCAGAUAAGGGCAGAGCCUGUGGGGCAGAUAAGGGCAGAGCCAGGAGCGGGAGAAGAAAGGGGCCCCAAGCUGUUUGAAAUGCUUUGCAAGCUUGUCCCCCCCCCAUGGGCGGGGAAUGUGAUAAUAACACUGCCUCCCCCCAUACUCACCUGUUUGUCAGCAUCAGGUAGAAAUAAGUCCCGCCUCCUCUCAUUACAAUAUGAGCUGUGACUCCUCCCCCUGCUUCAUUGGCUGCUGUUAGUACUAAAUUGACCAACCGAUGCCCCACAUUGCCUGGGGGGGGACCAUACAUGUCCCAAUGAUUGUUUUGUGCAAUAUUAUUAGUACAUGUAUGGCUUUAGUUCAACCACAAAUACUGAGCUCUGUAUAAACAACCCUCUCUUGUUAUCCUUUGUUCUGCCUGUUUUGUCAGCAGGAGCCCAUUAUGCAGGGGGAAUAUCUGCACCCUGGGAAUCUAAUUACCUACCUAACACUUUCCCUGUUAAGCUCAAGAAAUAACAAUAAGCAGAGAUUUUCCCUGAAUGAAACAACCCAAAUGAAAUCAGCACAGUCCCCUCCAUUGCUCAAAUACUGGGAGAUACUGCUCUUUAAUAGAGGGGAGCAAUGGGGGAGAAGGGAAUCCUGUGCAUCGGGCUGGUGUGCCUGGAUAUUAUUAGUGUGGUGGAUAAAUACCCCGAGGAGGACUCAGACAGCAGGUGCCUGUCUCAGCGCUGGCAGCGCGGGGGCAAUGCCUCCAACUCCUGCACCAUCCUGGCACUACUGGGGGCUCCCUGUGCCUUCAUGGGCUCCCUGGCCCCCGGGCAUAUGGCAGAUUUCACGUUGAACAGCCUGCGGCGCUACGGUAUAGAUGUGAGCCAUGUAAUGUCCCGGCCCGGCUGUUCCUUUCCGGCCUCAGUAGUGAUCAGCAACAUUAGCAAUGGCAGCCGGACCAUCGUGCAUAUGAACAGCUUUAUCGUGUCAGACUUCCGGAGGAGGGGUAUUGGCACCCCCAAUGUGAGCUGGCAGAGUCGGGGGGACAUGCCCUGCGCUUGCUGCCUGGUGAAUGUGUCGAGUGGCUCUCGGACGGUGACGCUGUACGACACGAACCUGCCCGACGUGACCGAAGAAGACUUCAGGAGCGUGGAUCUGACGCGGUACAAGUGGAUACACUGGGAGGGCAGAAACGCAGCUGAGCAGGUAAAGAUGAUCCGCAGGGUGGAGGAGCACAACAGCGGCCGCGGCGCAGAGGAACGCAUCACUGUCUCCGUGGAGAUUGAGAAGGAAAGGGAGGAGCUGUACCAACUCUUCCCACAUGGGGACGUGGUGUUUGUGAGUAAGGACGUGGCGCGGCACUUUGGCUUUCACUCUGCGCAGGAGGCCGUGCGUGGCCUGUACCCCCGGGUGAGGAAAGGGGCCUACCUGGUGUGCGCGUGGGCAGAGGAGGGAGCAGACGCAUUGGGCCCCGAUGGUUCCGUCGUUCAUUCCUGCGCUUUCCCCCCUGACUGCAUCGUCGACACGUUGGGGGCCGGGGACACGUUCAACGCCUCGGUGAUCUACGCACUGUCCCACGGUCGGGGCAUGCAGGAGGCGCUCACGUACGGGUGCCAAAUGGCCGGCAAGAAAUGCGGGGUGCAGGGGUUUGAUGGCAUCAUCUGAGUCCCCCGCCAGUGACAAACAUGGCCUCUGGCGCCCUCACCUGGGGGAACUCAAUGGGACCUAAUGAACUGGGACCAGGAGUAGGGAAAUGACUGUCCCAACACAAGGGGUCGCUAGCGAGCACCUCUGCAUGUAAAUAUACAAAUAACAUUAAUAAUAGGUACUGCCCUCGUCAUUUUAUUCCACUCAAACAUGGCAGCUUCCACCCCCAGGCAGAACGACUUAUUGCCCCCUGGGUUUGCUCCCUGUACAGAGAGAGACACCAGAAUACUGGUCCCCUGGCCAAAGCAUAAUCAAGCAGGAACAGCCCCCUAGCUGUACCCCUGUACUAAGCACACUUUAGUAAUUGUUGGGGUGACAGGUACAAUAGUAGAGCCUGUUCCCCCUCUAUAAAACUGGUAUUGCCCAGUGACCUCCCACUUGGGACCUCCCACUGCUUGGAGAAGGCAGAGAGUCGGACCAGGAACCAAUCAGCACAUUAUUUAUUCGUCCAAUACAAGAAACCUGAGAAUUAGCAGAAAUAAGUGGUUCUGAGGGAACAGACACAGCCGGGCCCCGGCCAAUAGGCUCAGACCAAUGAGAAGAAGAAGCAGUUGCCUGAGGUUGGGAUCUAGGUGUUCCUUAUAGAGGGUCCGGAACCAGUCGGUGUGGGGGGAGUCGGAACCAGUCGGUGUGGGUGGGACAUACUGUGGGGGGAGUCGGAACCAGUCGGUGUGGGUGGGACAUACUGUGGGGGGAGUCGGAACCAGUCGGUGUGGGUGGGACAUAAUGUGGGGGGAGUCGGAACCAGUCGGUGUGGGUGGGACAUACUGUGGGGGGAGUCGGAACCAGUCGGUGUGGGUGGGACAUAAUGUGGGGGGAGUCGGAAACCAGUCGUUGUGGGUGGGACAUACUGUGGGGGGAGUCGGAACCAGUCGGUGUGGGUGGGACAUACUGUGGGGGGAGUCGGAACCAGUCGGUGUGGGUGGGACAUACUGUGGGGGGAGUCGGAACCAGUCGGUGUGGGUGGGACAUACUGUGGGGGGAGUCGGAACCAGGCAUGUAAUGACCCUUCCGUGCAUCUCCAGCCAGCGGAGACCAAGGUUGGACACUUCCUGCUUAGUGGUUAUUGGCUCGUCGGAACCUGUGGGACUUGUUCCAAAUAAAAUCGUAUCAAUUAAAACCG